CGGUUUUUUUUUGUUUUUGUUAUUUUUCAAUUUUUUCUUUUGAAUUCAAUUUGAUCAACAAAAGAAAUGGAUAACAAUUUUAAAAAUAUUUGCAUGAAAAUUUACGAUUUUACCAAUGAUAAUAAUUUAAUGGAAAAAUUGGAAAAAUAUAAAAAACUUGAAUUAAUUUGUGAUCUAUUUAUGACUGAAGAUACUGUUGAAGAAAAUAUAAAUAUUAAAUAUCUUUUCCCCGAUAUAAUGGAUAUAAUUAAAAUGAAUUUAUUUCGUUCAUUAGGACCAUCCAAAUUACAAAAUGAAUUAAUCAAUUAUGGACAUGUAUUUGAAAAAUAUAAUUCUACAUCAGAUUUAAAUGAUCAUUUGAAUAUUGUAUAUAAAAUAUUGAAUCUUUCAAUACAAUUUUUCAAAAAAGAUUUCGAAUAUACACGAACGAUUUUUGAUGAUUUAUUCGUUCAACAAUUAUUGGAAUUGAUACAUAGUGAUGAUGAAACUGAACGAAAUCAUAUUUCAUCUAUUGUUUGUUUGAUUUAUCAAUAUAUACCGACAAGACGUAAUAUUAUCGAUAAAAUCAUUAUACAAAAAUUGAAUGAUAUUAUUUCAUAUGAUUCAAUCGAAAAAGUACAUAUUCAUUUAGAAAAUUUACUGUAUAUUUAUCGAUUAAUGUUGAAUCGAGAUCGUUCAAAUUCAGAUUUAAUUGCCAAACAACAACAACAACGACCAUUUCAAAUGAAUGCAAUCAAAUCAUUAUUAUUAUCAUUACAUCGUUUACCAUAUCUUUAUUAUUAUUAUAUACCAUUAUUUACUUGUACGAUAAAAUUUAUGACUAAAUAUCCAAAUGAAAUUAUUGAUUUUAUUCGUCGUUUGUUUAGUUGGCGAAAUUUAUCAUCAUCAUCAUCAUUACAUACAACAAUAUCAAUGUUAAUAUUGGCCGAAUUGAAACAGGUAUUGAAUUUAUUAUUGUUGACCAUCAAUAAUAAUGAUGAUGGCUCCAACAUUAAUAGCAACAACGAUUCAGAAAGAAUUUUUUCAAAAAUCAUACCAUUAAUAAUGCCAUUUUUAAUAAAAAAUCUACAAUCAUUAAAUGCUGAAUUAGUACAUACAACAUUAAAUUUAUUAUGUUCAUUUGAAUAUCAAAAUUAUUUUGAUAAAUUUAUGUCCAUUGAUUUUAAAUAUCGAUUAUUAUCAAUAUUAAAUAAUCAACAAUAUAUAAUCGAUUGGAAUAAUCGUGUACAUGUUCAACAGGUUCUUUAUGCUUUAUAUUUACAAAAAUCCAAUCAAAUCAAUUAAAAUAAUUUUGUGAUUCUUUCUUCUUUCAUUUUUUCAACCCUUUCUUCCCUUCUGACCACUUAA